CGAGAAGCAAGUUGCCCGCGCUUUCGAGGUUUGUACGACUUCCGUAGUCUGGAUUGGCGGUGGCGUCACGACGAAAUGCUCAACGGACAAGCAGAAAUUACAAUGGGAGACUACUUAUGAUCGUCAUAGCAAUGGCAAGCACAGAGUCCUAGCGUCCCCAGAGGACGAUUUCGACUUGCGCACGCCACUGGCUGAACAGAAUCCACUGCAUCAGCAGCAGGUCAACAUCAUGUCCCAGCAACACCAGCAACAGCAGACCCAACAGCAGCCGGACGAGCAACGGAGAAAUGGCUGCUGUCCAUCCGCUCAACCGCCGGCCAUGUUUUUACUCGGGACCUUGGCUAUGACUGCAAUUGGCACCGCCUUGCUAUGCGCGGCUAUAAUGACUGAUCAUUGGGAGCACAUACAUUGGGACAAAGAAAGCCUCGAGUACUUAACAAACGGUUCGAUACAUUGGCUUUUGGACGGUUCAGUGGCGCGGCUGGGCAAACGCGCGGGAGCAAAGGGAAGCCAAUCGACCAGUGGCGGCGGAGGCGCCUUCCUCGUACCAAUGCACGGCGGAAUAUGGACACUAUGCGUCAAUUUGAAUGAGCACGAAACGCGUUUGUUAAGCAGAAUCGGAUAUCCACGCAACAAAACUUGUGAUAAUUAUUUAGCUGGCGGAUUAGAGGACAAGACUGAUAUGAGAUUCGAAGGAAAACUAGAUGGAAUGAGAGGAGAUGAACCACGGGCAGACUGGCAACACAGAAUGCAAAACUUAUCAAUUUCUUGUGCGUUAGUAUGUUUGAUAAUAUUAGGCAGUGCAGCACUGGUAGGAGCAUUUGGUGUUUGCCAGAGACAAGUCAGUGCAGUAUUAGUUACUGGAGUUAUGUAUUUACUCGCAGCAUUAUUUGCUCUGUUCACAUUGAUGAUCAUUCACUUCAAACGGCAACAAGGAAAACCUACUUUGGAUGAAAACAAUGACGGCACAGUUGACGGAGUCGUUGGAGGAACAAAGAGCGAAGUUCUUGGGCUAAUGGGGGCAAGAAUUUUCUCAACAGCUUGGAGCUUAGACCUCGGCUGGGGAGGAGUUGCUAUCUGUGCCACUACGUCAUUUUUAUGGAUACUCUUAUCCAAAAUUAUGAUAUACAAUCCAAUUACAGCAAUGCUAUAAAGGAUUAAUUCGCAUGCUGAUGCUACUUAUAAAAACACAUGCAACAGUAUUGCGUGAUUAGGUUAUGUGUGACAAGAAUUACCUAAAGUAAAAGUAAAAGAAGACCCAUAUUCAAGACUUCAAACCUGUGUCAAUUUUUGAUAUCAGGAUACAAUUUUGCCAUAAAUUUGCAUUAUAAU